GCCCCCAGCCCCGCCUCCCGGCGCCCGCGGCCCGGCGGAAGGACGCGCGGCGCCCCGCGUCCCGGGCGGUGGACCCGGCAUCCCGGCCCCGCAGCCGCGGAGCCCCCUCCCUCCCUCCCUCCCCCGCAGGCAUGGAGCCCGCGGGGCGCGCGCAGGCGGCGCGGGAGCGCGUGCCCAGGAUCGACCCCUACGGGUUCGAGAGGCCGGAGGACUUCGAUGACGCCGCCUACGAGGCGUUCUUCUCCACCUACCUGGGGACCCUGAGCAGGAGAGCCGUGAAGUGGUCCAGACUUCUCCGGCGAGGCGGCAGCGUCCAGAGGGGGGGGACGCACCCUGACGCUCAUGUCCUGCGUGAUCCUAUGCUGGGGCCCACCCUGCGGUGCUGCUGGGUGUUAAGGUGUUUCCAGCCGACAUCCGCUGUAGUUUCUCCCGUUGAUUUGUGUUUAAAAGUUACACACAAUGAAGCGCUACAUCCGGAAGGGCAUCCCGCUGGAGCACCGGGCUCGUGUCUGGAUGGGGGUGAGCGGAGCCCAGGCCCAGAUGGACCGGAACCCCGGCUACUACCAGAGUCUCCUCCAGGGAGAGAGGAACAGCAGCCUGGAGGAGGCCAUCAGGACAGACAUGAACAGGACCUUCCCGGACAACGUGCGGUUCCGCAAGGGCGCGGAGCCCUGCCUGCAGAGGACCCUGUACAACGUGCUGCUGGCCUACGCGCACCACAACCGCGGCGUGGGCUACUGCCAGACUACUACGGCCCCUCGAUGCUGGGGCUGAAGACGGACCAGGAGGUCCUCGGGGAGCUGGUGAGGACCAAGCUGCCGGCGGUGGCGGCCCUGAUGGACGGGCACGGCGUGCUGUGGACCCUGGUCGUGUCGCGCUGGUUCAUCUGCCUGUUUGUGGACGUGCUGCCCGUGGAGACGGUGCUUCGCAUCUGGGACUGUCUGUUCAAUGAGGGCUCCAAGAUCAUCUUCCGAGUGGCGCUGACCCUCAUCAAACAGCAUCAGGCCUUGAUCUUGGAAGCCACCAGCAUCCCCGACAUCUGUGAGAAGUUCAAGGAGAUCACCGGAGGAGGCUUCGUGACGGAGUGCCACACCUUCAUGCAGUCUGCUCACCGACGGCCCUGACUGGCUUCAGAGCUGCUGCAGGAGUCGAAACGAAAAGAACAGACCACAGGCAGCAAAAGCAAAGAUAGAAAAAUGGGACCACAUCAAACUUAAAAGCUUCUGUGUAGCAAAGGAAACCAGCAGCAGAGUAAAAAGACUAUCCACAGAACGGGAGAGAAUGUGUGCGAACCACAUGCAGACGCACAGAGACCACAGCUCAACCAGGAGCCAAGGAAUCCCAUUUAAAAAUGGGCAGAGAGGGACUUCCCCGGUGGCGCGGUGGGUAAGAAUCCGCCUGCCAACAAUGCAGGGGGCACGGGUUUGAGCCCUGGUCCGGGAAGCUCCCCCACGCUGUGGAGCAACUGAGCCCGUGCGCCACAACUACUGAGCCUGUGCUCUAGAGCCCGUGAGCCACAAGAGAAGCCACUGCAAUGAGAAGCCCGCGCACCACAAUGAAGAGUAGCCCCCACUCGCCACAACUAGAGAAACCCCCGCAGAGCAACGGAGACCCAACGCGGCCAAUAAGUAAAUAAAUAAAAAUGUAUGUGAAGGAGGCAGAGGAGCUGAAUAGGCACUUCCCCAGCAGCUCAACAUGGCUCGUCUUCAGGGAGCUGCAAGUCAGAGCCGCCGUGAGCUGUCGCCUCACACCUGUCAGAGUGGCUGUGAUCAAAAAACCCACGAACACGAACGUUGGGGAGGGUGUGGAGAAAAGGAAAACACUGCCUAAUAAUUUUUUCCUGCUCAGUCUACAACCGGAAAUCCAGCCUAGCUUGGGAAAAGAUCAUGAAAAUGGAUACAUGCCGGGGGCCGCCCAAGUUGUAGAAAGCCCAGGUCCCAGGGGACCACCAGGGGCGUUCCGGAUGCU